AGCUCCGGAACCCACGGCACGUGAAUCCUCUUCCUCUGUUCGCGAUUGCGAUUCACCAGCGUCCGAGCCCCCAGGCACGAAACCUAGCCCACGGGAUCCGAAGCGGCGACCAUGGAGCCCACUCCCGUCGGCGCCGGCGGCACGGCGGAGCGGUGGGGUGCGGAGGCGUCGCGGGCGUUCCAGCACUACCUGGACCGCGCGGCGCCGCACACGGCGCGGCGGUGGGCGGGCACGCUCGUGGCCGCGGCGGUGUACGCGCUGCGGGUGUACUUCGUGCGGGGCUUCUACGUGGUCACCUACGGCCUGGGCAUCUACCUGCUCAACCUCCUCAUCGGCUUCCUCUCCCCCAUGGUCGACCCGGAGCUCGAGGCGCUCGACGCAGGGCCCGGGCUCCCCACCCGCGGCUCCGACGAGUUCAAGCCCUUCAUUCGCCGCCUCCCCGAGUUCAAGUUCUGGUAUGCCAUCACGAAAGCAUUUUUCAUUGCUUUCAUCAUGACCUUCUUCUCUGUAUUCGAUGUUCCUGUCUUCUGGCCAAUACUUCUCUGUUAUUGGAUUGUGCUCUUUGUCCUGACAAUGAAGCGACAGAUUGUGCAUAUGAUCAAGUACAAGUAUGUCCCGUUCAGCUUUGGAAAGCAGAGGUACGACGGAAAGAAAGGCCCGGCUGCCAGUGCAUCUAAAGACUGAAGACUGAUGGUCUGGGACCUGGAGAGCAAAUGCCUGUGCUAUCUUUGGGCAACUAUCCUGCUGGCAUGGUGUUAUUUUGAGUACCAGCUACUGAUAGUGAAUGCACACACUGCAUUCACUAGUGGAGAGAAGCUAAGCAGACUUUUGCAUCUGUUGAUGAUCCUUGUUUUUCAUAUCGGUAGUUUGUGUACAAUGGCUCGGGACAUAGCUAGAUGACUCUCCAGUUCAUCUGUUGUACUGCACUUUUGUGGACAAGUUACGUACCUGUUGAAUCGGUGCAACUGCAAUGCAACUAUGCAGGUGAAAACCGAGAGGACAAUGACUGAUGACAUAGAUAGUGGAUCACUUUUUACUUCUGUUGUACUGCAAUUUUGUGGUCAUAUGUAGUCUUGUUUUUAUUUGGAUCGGAGCCGGUUUCUACAGGCU